CAUCAUCAUUCAUCAACCACUUUCAAAGUUCCACUCCUUCUUCUUCAACCCUUACAUGACCACACGUUACCAUCAGUAUAUUCACUCCCCUGCAUGAUUUCCACUUGCUCACAAAAAAUAUCUUCAUUUGAUUCUUCCUCCCCUCUUUACUAAAUAUUUAUCACAGACAUAAUCAUAACCAUAAUCGUUACUCAGCUAUAAAACCAUUCAAUUUGAUUCUCAAUUCUUCAUUUUCUCUCAUUUCAAAUAUAGAGAUGGGAAGAGAUGUGUGUGGAAGUGGAAGAAUGGGACCAAAAUGGACAAAAAUGGAGAAAACCAUAAACGAUUCUGUCUCCAAGAGCUUUGUUGGAAGCUACUUCAAGCUAGAAGCAAGGAAAACAUGCUUCACAAAAGAGCUCCGUGCAGCCACAGCCACUUUUGUCACCAUGGCCUACAUCAUCACCGUCAACGCCACCAUCAUCGCCGCCUCUGGAGGAACCUGCUCCACCGCUGACUGCACCGCCCCGGCAGGUCCAGACUGCACGGUAAAGCCUAAUGCUGGCUAUGAAAGCUGCCUUGCAAAGACCAAGAGUGACUUGGUGGUGGCCACUGCUGUGACAGCCAUGGUUUCAUCUAUUGCUAUGGGACUCUUAGCCAACCUUCCUUUCGGCCUGGCUCCAGGUAUGGGCCCAAAUGCUUACCUAGCUUUUAACAUGGUAGGCUUUCAUGGAACUGGGCCACUCUCAUAUCAAACAGCAAUGGCUGUGGUGUGUAUUGAAGGGUGUGCUUUUCUUUUGGUGUCUGCUCUUGGGUUAAGAGGCAAGCUUGCUAAGCUCAUACCUCAUUCUAUUAGGCUUGCUUGUGCUGCUGGGAUUGGGCUUUUCAUUGCCUUUGUGGGCCUGCAAGCAAGCCAGGGUGUUGGGCUUAUUGGGCCUGAUGCUUCCAAUCUUGUCACCAUCACAGCCUGCAAGAGCACUGACCCAAUAACAGGAGCAUGCUUGGGUGGGAGAUUGCAAAGCCCAACAUUUUGGCUUGGGCUUGUGGGCUUCCUCAUUACAAGCUAUGGGCUAAUGAAGAACAUCAGGGGUAGCAUGAUUUAUGGCAUUCUUUUUGUAACCUUGGUGUCAUGGUUUAGGCACACAGAGGUGACUUUUUUCCCUGAUACUCCACUUGGGGAUGCAAAUUUCAGCUAUUUCAAGAAAGUGGUUGAUUUUCAUAAAAUCAAAUCCACUGCUGGGGUUCUUAGUUUCAGUGAAUUUAAUAAAAAAGAAGUUUGGGAGGCUUUGGCUACCUUGUUCUAUGUUGAUGUGAUUGCAUUGACAGGGAUCAUGUACACACUUGCAGAGAUUGGUGAGUUUGUGGAUGAGAAAGGGAAUUUUGAAGGUGAGUACAUGGCUUACUUGGUUGAUGCAGGUGGAACAAUUGUGGGUUCUGCAUUGGGUGUGACAACAACUGCAACAUUUGUGGAAUCUUCAGCUGGGAUGAGAGAAGGGGGUAGAACAGGCUUAACUGCUGUGAUGAUUGGUGUGUUCUUCUUUUUCUCUCUAUUUUUCACUCCUCUGUUUUCCAGUGUUCCUCCUUGGGCUAUUGGCCCUUCACUGGUGAUGGUUGGGGUGAUGAUGAUGAAGGUGGUGAAGGACAUAGAUUGGACAAACAUUAAGGAAGCUGUUCCUGCUUUUGCUAUAAUGCUUCUCAUGCCUCUCACUUUCUCCAUAGCUUAUGGGAUUAUUGGGGGGAUUGGGCUCUACAUUGCUCUUAGCCUCUUGGAUUAUGCAACGAGCGCCAUAAAUUGGUUGAGGAAGAUGAGGAGAAUGGUGACCAAGGAGCACAAUCAAGUAUCUGCUACUGCUGGUGUUGAAUCAAUUGUGGAAAUUAUAUGAAAUCUUGUGGUAUGAUUAAUGGUUUUGGUUGUCAAUUAUGGACUCAUGGUGGUGUUAUUUUAGAACUCUUUGUUUGUAGAUUUUAGCUGCUAAGUGUAUAGGUUGCUAGUCCUUAGACAUAAGCAGUCACAAUAUUAACUUGAUUUCAGUGUUAUCCUAUAUAUUUUAGCAACCUAUAUAUUUUAGCAACCAA